AUGGAGUCAUAUAGCUUCACUCAGUCACUAUCACAAGCACUACAGUUGAGAUCAUGGGUUAAGGGGGAUGUAGGUCUAACUCGGCUGAUAGAUAGUAUCAUACAAGAGAAGACAGAUGCUAGUGAAGAAGAUCUAGAAAGAAGGACAGCACACGUUUACUCAGGCUCCCUAACUCAUAGGCUUCCUUGCCCAACCAUGAGCAGGGGAGGCCAGAGCAAUUCCACUAGCAAUUUUGCAUCACAUGUUAGGAUAUCCUCCAGCACAGCCACAGCCUAUGCCAAGAAAGGAGAGGAUUAUACCAUAUGUUUCCAAGCUGUACUCUUACACAGCAUAGCUUCCUUAAAUAUAAUGUACCAAAAGUAUGGAUGCCUACCUAAUAGGAUGGCUGUUGUAUUAUCUCGUGGGUGUUGUACAUGGACUAUACCCCCAGAGGUGUUCACCCUUGCAUCAUCAACUUACCAAGGUGUCCCCAUACCUACAGCCACUUUACAUAUAGAACCAUUGCAGGAAACGUACCUCCCAUAUGAUCCUCCUGUAGUGGGUUUAGAACAGUCUUAUGCUGCACAUAUGGCAUACAAAUUUGCUGUAUGGAUAUUGAAUAGGCGGGACACUACACAUAUAUCUACUCUGGAAAAAAGAGCUGUAGAUGACAUAUCUACACCACCAUUCAUCAAUCUAUCAGAAGCAUGUCGUCUCCAUGUUGAAUACUUCUUUGAGUUCUUGGCAGGUUAUCUAGUAGUUUUGGAUGUAUCAUUCAGUUCAGACCCAAACUCUAUACUAAAUGAACUAAGAAAAUCCCCGAAUAGGACAGGGUUUGAUGAUUUAAUAGAUACUCUGGUGCUUAGUGGCCUCACUCACUCAUUUUGUGCACUCACACGGUCCUCCCCUAUAGACCUUCAGAAUAGGGAAGGAUGGCAAGACAUCUGUUCAUUAGGUGGUUUAGAACAAUGGCCCAUCACAUGA